UGCUGUGCAUGUGACUAGGUGUGUACUCCAACCAGGAUUAAAUGUAGAUACGGCAUGACAACCUCCCCCACAACCAAGAUAUUUUUCUCAUUAUCACUUUUCUCUUCCAAAGAAAUAUUUUAUUAAGAAAACAGUCACUGUGGCAGACGACAGACAGCAAACGGCAGACGAUUUCGUACCGGCCAUUAAUUUAUCGUCUGCUUGCAGAAUUCACUGAAGAACCAACUCAGGUUUAACCCAUUUUCUACAUUAGUUAUUUGCAAUGUAUUUUACAUGGCAUGCAUUAUUAGUCUGCCUGAUUUUCCUGGCUAAAAUAUCGACAUCUGUAAGUAUAACCUUAACGAAAGUGACUCCAAAUGGAAACAACAAACUUUUGUCAACGAUCCUUAAUUCAAGCAUAUCAAAUACAUCACCAGCCAAAGUGAAUUCAAACUUGCCAUAUUUUAGUACCAGCAAAUUUAUAUCAGCUAUACAAACGAACCCUGGAAAUUUUACAACAAAAGUAUUCAGUGCUUCCCCACAGACAAACAUCAAGGUUCCACCACAAACACAGAGCUCCAAUAGUUCAGUUUUCCAAACAACUCCUUUCCAGCAGACAUCUGAUCUGGUGACAUUAUGGGGAAAUGGAAGUUCCAAUAAUGAGGUGACCACAUCAGGACAAAACCUCAAUAAAACUGUUGGCAGGAUCAUCAUUAGCCAUCAGAUCCACCUGGUUCAGUUUAACAUUCAGCAUACUUCAGUCAUUCUAUACAUUGCUUGCACAACUUUAGCUGCUGUCUUCCUGGCUGUCGGUUUCCAUCAUUGCCACAGACUGGCCAGGUAUAUACCCGAAUCAUGUUUCUUGUUGUGCUUAGGAAUAGCAUUUGGAUGCGUUGUAAGAUUUACUUCACUUGAUGAACUUAUACCAGAAACAUUUUCACCAGAUGUAUUUUUCCUGGCCUUACUUCCUCCUGUUAUUCUGGGAGCUUCGUAUAGUCUGAACAAUCGGAUUUUCUAUGAUAAUCUUGGUGUUGUUCUUCUAUUUGCUGUUCUUGGCACAGCAGUGGCCUGUUUUAUAAUUGCACCGAUAUUGUAUGGUCUGUCACAAACACCAGCCUUAAAUCUUCCAAAAGAACAUCUGCUCACACAAAUAUUUCUGUUUUCUGCCCUUAUUGUUGCAGUGGAUCCUGUUGCAGUUUUGGCUGUGUUUUCCGAAUUGGGAGUCAAUAAACCCUUGCAUAUUGUAGUCUUUGGAGAAUCCCUUUUGAAUGAUGGUGUCAGUGUGGUUCUGUACCGAGUUAUGGAAAACUUCCAUCAGAUGCCGGAAAUUACCGGUAAAGAUAUUGGUUUUGGCUUCCUCAAGUUCAUCGUUAGUGCUGGAGUUAGUUCUUUGAUGGGUUCUUUGAUUGGUAUUUUCUCCACAGUGGCCUGCAAGUUCACCUAUGUCAAACAUGUGUUGGAACCAGCCAUCCUUAUAAUUUCGGCCUACCUGUCCUAUGUCUUAGCUGAGUCAUUUGAAUUGUCAGGAAUUAUAUGUAUGAUUGUAUGUGGCCUGUUCCAAGCUCAAUAUGCCUUCCACAAUAUCAACCCUAAAUCACGAACUAAUUUAAAAUUCAUCAUCAAAACAAUAGGGCUGGCAGCGGAAUUAGUGAUAUUCGUAUUCUUGGGCAUUUCUGUAGCUCGGACCAGACAUGUAUGGAAUGUUGGUUUUAUAAUCUGGAGUCUGGUGGCUUGCAUCUUCUCAAGGACACUGAUUACACUUGUCUUUUCCUAUUUUAUCAAUAAAUUCCAUGGUGAAAGAAUGAAAAUUUUCUCUCUCAAAGAACAGCUAGUAAUGUCAUAUGGAGGCCUCCGUGGUGGUGUGGCAUUCUCCUUGGCACUAGAACUUUCUGAGGAACAUGUAUCUCUACGUGGUAUGUUCCUCACAACUGUAUUGAUGAUUAUACUUUUCAAUGUUGUCAUCCAGGGAAUUUCUAUACGUCCUCUGAUAAACAUAUUAAAAGUUCAACGGGAGGAGAAGGCAAAGAAAAACUUACUCAGUACCAUCAAUCAUCAGUUAACUGAUAGUAUGCUGCAACUGGUAGAGAAGAUAUCUGGACAUUCUGGGAAGAAUGUAUGGAGGAAAAAACUAGAGAAAUUUGAACUGACUUACAUUCAACGAUGUCUUUUGAAAGAGCCACACCCAACUGUUCUUAAGAUUGGAGAUGUCAACACCAAGAUUGCUAUCAGGAAUGUCUACAGUUCAAUGAGUUCCUUGUCAUCCCAUCCAAAUAUUGAGGAGCGAUAUGUCAGGGACAGAUAUACAAGUUUAGAGCCUGUUCAGUAUGAAUUAAAUGUGGGUAAUGAACGCCCUGGGAAAACUUCCAUUGGAAAAGAACUAAAUGCCAACCAAUUACUGCGAUAUGUAAAAUCUAAAACAAAUUCUGAGAAUUCUACAAAUAAAGAAAUUAGAUUUUAUUUGGGUGAUCAAGAUUUUAAGAAGCCAGAAAAUGGUCACAGAAAUGGCAUCAGCUAUACUGGAGAUUCUACAGAAGAUAUUUCGGGUAAUAUUGAAUCAAUAUCAAGAUUGUAGCAGAAACCCCAUUUUAUUUUAGAUGCCAAUACUCCAAUAUCAUAUGAUAUUCUGCUGGAUCAUCGCAGACUUGUACAGAAAAGUAGAUUUUUGGGUUGAGAGGGAAAUAGAAUCUGCCUCCAAUUUGUUCAGUCAAUUCUCUCAUUUUUUUCUAAUAUUCAGAAGAAAAAAUAUAAUUUUAAAAUAGAAUAACCAAAAUGAACUCAUUUUCGCUAUUUCUGAUUCCAUCGUUCAGGAUUCUUCAAAAAUGGUUACUUGAAAGUUGGAUUUAUUGAUUUUCUUAUUUAUCUGAUACUUUAGAAAUGGUCAAAUUAAAAUGAUCAAAACUGUCGAUAUCCAACCUCAUUUACUCAACUAUAUAAUGUCUGUGGUUAGAAAGUCCCAGUUGCUAUUGGCAUUUGUAGAUAUACACAGACUGAGCAGACACAGAUUUUAGAUACUGACUGAGUAGACAUAGUAUAUAUGCUGGCUGGUUAGACACAGUAUGUAGGUGUUAAUUUGAUUGAUACAGUGUAGUUGCUGACUGGAUAGACACAAUGUGUAGAUGCUGAGUAGAUAGAAAGUGUAGUUUCCCUCUCUCUGUCUUUAUAUAUGUAUUUGUGUAUGUGUGCAUGUGCAUGUGCGUGUGUGUGUGUGUGUGUGUGUGAGUGUGAGCGUGCAUGUCACAGUCUUCAGGGUUAACAGCUUAUAUAUGACUGUAGAUAUUAACUAGAUAGAUGAUACAGAGUUUGGAUACAGAAUGGAUGUGUAUAGAUAUAUCUGUAAAUGUUGGCUGCAUAGAAAGCACACAACUGCUGAACAGACUGAGAAACUGUGACAGUUGGCUGGGGAGUCUGUAGAUAUUGUCCAGAUAACGAGUGGCAGCAGAUGCUGACAAGAAGAACCCAUAAUCAUUACACUUCAGAGUUUGUGAGGCAUAACUGUGAUCCUUCAUAACUUGACUUCUUCCCUUGGGCAUCAUUCCAUUGAUCCCAGAAAGGAUGAUUUCAAAUUUCAAUCUGAAUGGAACUAUGAAGUACCAAAUCUCCUGUUCCCAGACAACCUUUUAAUAAAAGUCUCACCAAAACUCAGUAAAUAAUGUGUUUUAAUUUUAUAUUUUUAUAUUUCAUGUAAAAUAAAUUCUAAAAAUGUAGAACAAUGGUGGUGGCAUAGCAGAAACACUAAAGUGAUGGGCUCGAGAUGUUUAGCAUUUUCCCUUUGAUGUUUUGAGUUCAAUUCUCAUUAGGGCUGACUUUGCCUUUUGUAUGAAUGCAUUGCAGUUAUAUAUGAGGGUUAGACAUAUGACCUUUGAAUCAGUGCAGUCAUUCCUUGGUGCAUGUAAUGCUUCCCCACAAAUGUAUGGCUUUUUGUACCCGAGUUGGAAAUCAAUAUAUCACAGAAAAUUGAAUCAUUACAAAUGCAGCCUGGAUUAAAACUGGAAACUAUGAUGACUGCCACUGUAGACUACACAGAGAAUCAUUCAGACAAAAGAUUAACCAAACUAACCAGAAACAAUCGAAAAAUCUAAAUCAGUUUGAAUCUGGACCAUUUGGUGAAAUUAAAACAAUAAAGAUUUUUUUUAAUAAAAAGAUAAUUAAAUAUAAGUUUGAUAAAAUUUC